AUGGAUAAUGCUCUUUGGACAUAUAAAACUGCAUCCAAGAUCCUAAUUGGCAUGUCUCCUUAUCAUAUUGUCUAUGGUAAGGCAUGUCACUUACCAGUGGAACUGGAACACCAAGCAUAUUGGGUAACAAAGUUUCUCAACAUUGAUGCCAAAGCUGUGGGAGAAAUGAGGCUGCUUCAACUUAAUGAACUUGAUGAAUUUAGAGGUGAAGCGUGUGAAAAUGCUAAGAUGUACAAAGAGAAGACCAAGAUGUGGCAUAAUAAGAAGAUCUCCACAAGAACCUUUACACUUGGACAAAUGGUGCCUCUAUUCAACUCAAGGCUCAAACUCUUUCCUGGAAAACCAAAAACAAGAUGGUUUGGACCCUUUACUAUCACCAAGGUGUCCCCUUACGGCCAUAUUGAAGUCAUAGAGGAAGACUCUCAGAGGAAAUUUAUUGUGAAUGGUCAGAUAUUGAAGUACUAUCUUGGAGGUGACAUCGACAAUCAGAAAUUCAUUUAA